CCUCCUCCUCCCGCUCCUCCUCGCCGCCGCCGGCCCCGCCGCCCGCUCUGCAUCUCGCAGCCUCCCGGGCCCCGCAGCCAUGGCCGACAUCAAGACGGGCAUCUUCGCCAAGAACGUCCAGAAGCGACUCAACCGCGCGCAGGAAAAGGUCCUUCAGAAGCUUGGGAAAGCCGAUGAGACAAAAGAUGAACAGUUUGAAGAAUAUGUCCAGAACUUCAAACGGCAAGAAGCAGAGGGUACCAGACUUCAGCGAGAACUCCGAGGAUAUUUAGCAGCUAUCAAAGGCAUGCAAGAGGCCUCCAUGAAGCUCACCGAGUCGCUGCACGAAGUCUACGAGCCGGAUUGGUAUGGGCGGGAAGAUGUGAAAAUGGUUGGCGAGAAAUGUGAUGUUCUGUGGGAAGACUUCCAUCAAAAACUAGUGGAUGGAUCCUUGCUGACACUGGAUACCUAUCUGGGCCAAUUUCCUGACAUAAAGAAUCGCAUUGCAAAGCGCAGCAGGAAGCUGGUGGACUAUGACAGUGCCCGCCACCAUCUGGAAGCUUUGCAGAGUUCCAAGAGGAAGGAUGAGAGUCGAAUCUCUAAGGCAGAAGAGGAAUUUCAGAAAGCACAGAAAGUGUUUGAAGAGUUUAACGUUGACUUACAAGAAGAGUUACCAUCGUUAUGGUCAAGACGAGUUGGAUUUUAUGUCAAUACUUUCAAAAAUGUCUCCAGCCUUGAGGCCAAGUUUCAUAAGGAAAUUGCGGUGCUUUGCCACAAACUGUAUGAAGUGAUGACGAAACUGGGCGACCAGCACGCUGACAAGGCCUUCACCAUUCAAGGAGCUCCCAGUGAUUCUGGUCCUCUCCGCAUCGCGAAGACGCCAUCGCCGCCCGAGGAGCCUUCGCCCAUCCCGAGCCCGACAGCAAGCCCCAAUCAUACACUGGCACCCGCGUCUCCUGCACCAGCAAGGCCUAGGUCACCUUCGCAGACAAGGAAGGGUCCUCCUGUCCCACCGCUGCCUAAAGUCACUCCGACAAAGGAACUGCAGCCAGAGAACAUCAUCAGUUUCUUUGAGGACAACUUUGUUCCGGAAAUCAGUGUGACGACACCUUCCCAGAAUGAAGUUCCCGAGGUGAAGAAAGAGGAGACUUUGUUGGAUCUGGACUUUGACCCUUUCAAGCCUGAAGUAGUGUCUGCGGGUUCUGCCGGAGUGACCCACUCACCCAUGUCUCAGACGUUGCCUUGGGACCUUUGGACGACUAGCACUGAUUUGGUACAGCCGACUGACUCUUCAAAAAGUCUUUCCCUGUGUAACCUGAUCAUGGAGGAAACUCCAGACAGUGGGUUGACUGAAGAAAUUCAAAGAUCUCAAAUUGAUCUAGGAGCAUUUAUUUGGGGCCCUGAUGCUAGUACAGACAGUGUCAGCCAGGAAAUUACCCAAGGUGGGUCUCAGGAAGACUCUGCGUGUCUCUCUGAAGCAGAGCAAGGCACGGGAUUGUUCACCGGAUUGCUUCCUUCUGCUGACUGGCGCACCGAACAGGGUGAUCAUGUCUUGGGGCCAGCCCCUCCAUGUGAAAAUGAACAGUUGUCCCCAAAGCCCAGGCCUGAGGCUGAAUUUGCUGUUGCUGCUUGUAUGGAGAUGGAGCAGCCGUAUGACUUGCCUGAGUCACAGAUGCCAGCCAUGGAAACUGGUGGCCUGGUCACAGAAAGUCAAGAGGAUGUUAAAAGGUCAGAAGACGAAGAAGAAGAGAAACAGAAGACAGAAGAUUCUCUGUGGGCAGGUGUGGAGACAUGUGAAAAGGCUUCUGCUGGUUCAUUUAAUGGAUUCACCCAGCCCCAGGACACUUCACUAUUCACGAUGCAGACAGACCAGAGUAUGAUCUGUAACUUGGCUGAAUCUGAGCAGGCUCCACCCACAGAGCCGAAAGCAGAGGAGCCCCCUGCCGCUGCAACACCUGCUGUUGGGCUGGAAGCUGGACUGGACACCCAGGCUGAGGAGCCAGCGGAGGGGGCUGUGAUCAUCCCUGGAACUGAGGCUGAUGUGACUGUUGGAAUCUCCAUGCCGGCAGCGGAGGGGGCCCCGGUGGAGGAAGCAGAGACAGAGAAGGCAGCUCUUCCAGCUGGGGAAGGAGCAAGUUUAGAGGAGGCCAGGAUUGAUGCUGAAGCCGCAGAGGCUGUGGAUAGCGACAGAUCUCAGCCAGAAGAAACAGCAGCAGCAGCACCUCCGGAGAAGGUCAUCCCUUCUGUCAUCAUCGAGCCCGCUUCCAACAACGAAGGGGAAGGAGAGCACGAGAUAACCAUCGGUGCAGAGUCCAAGGAGGCCACUGAUGCUGCUGCUCCUCCUGUCUCCACCAGCGUGACGCCAGAGCUGGCCUUGGAGCAGGAGGCCGGGGAGGACUCCCAGCCGGCGCCUGCAGCUCUGUCUGCCAGCGAGGUCUCUCAGGAAGUGCCGCCCGGCUUUCUCUACAAGGUGGAAACACUGCACGAUUUUGAGGCAGCAAAUUCUGAUGAACUUACCUUACAAAGAGGUGACGUGGUGCUGGUGGUCCCCUCGGACUCGGAAGCUGACCAGGAUGCGGGCUGGCUGGUAGGAGUGAAGGAAUCAGACUGGCUUCAGUACAGAGACCUCGCCACCUACAAAGGCCUGUUUCCGGAGAACUUCACCCGGCGCCUGGAUUAGGGCCGAAAGUCUUGUAGAGAGAGCCUGGUUACUGGGUUUUUAAACCUUCAGGAAAACCUGAAGAGGUCACUUUUGCUAUUACGCUCUUAAUGAUUUACAGACUGAUGCCAGACAAAGCUUGGAAGGAUAUAUCGAUGGCGCAUGUGUGCAAAAAAAUGUAAGAGAAAAAAAGUCAAUUAUGAAAAAAGUCCUCAUUGGUCCCCAUGUUAUGGCUAACAGGUUUCUUUGUGUUUUGUCCAAGCUCUGGAGACUCUUGUACUUGAUCCCGUCCUGCCAAUUCUAAAGUAGCUUUCUCCAGACCAGAACCUGAAUCUCUCCACACCAAGUGUAUGGUAUUGAGUGGCUGUCCUGCAGAAGCUGUGUUGAAUUAUCCUGUAGUAUGAGAUUAUCUCAGUCCCCCGAGCACGUGCUCUCUCUCUCUCUCUCUCCCUUUCAAGUUUACUGUGUUUAAAAGUACACUGCUGCAAAAGUUUUCAAUGUCCUUUUCCAACACACCCUUCUCUCUCUAUAUAUGGACACACAAUCACACAAGCUAGUUUCCAUCACUCUUGGAUCUAUGUGUAUGCACACAACUACAUAUGCAUAGUUGCUUUCCUUUCCAUUGUAGCUUGUGGCCUCUCGAGUGUCAUUGAUACAUGCAUUGCUCUUCUUUCGUCCAGCAUUACAGUUGCAGUUUUGCCUCUGAGCAAAACCAGUCAUCCCAUUGCCAAAACAGUCGACAGUAUCUGUGUUCGUAAUGUGCAUUUUUGAGGAUGCGAUGACGAGUAGCAUGUCUGAGUGGCCGCCCCUUUGGAGAAAGCAGAACCUGAUUAUCUAGAUGUCCGGCUGCUGAGGCUGGCGGUCGGCUAGUCGGGAUGGGCAGCUAGGUAGUCUCAACAUCUGCCUUUCUGAGAUUGGCCAGAUGAUGGGGCAUGUAAAUCCACCCCAAAGGAACACUAUUCAAAAAAGCUCCUAUAUAUUUCCACCUCUUUAUAUUUAUGCAGCUCAUCUUCACAGAUCGUCCUAAAAUAAGAUAGGUGAUGUAUGCUGUAUCCACACCAUCUGUAACAGUUAUGUUUCCAGUGCUGUGUCAUUCCAAAUAAACCUUUGGUAAUCUCCAGCAAUUACCCUAA